GAAGCGCGCGGCUCUGCAGCUGCAGCCCGAGCGGGGGCCGCGCCAUGGCGGGAGGGGCGGCCUCGCUGCGCGCCCUGCUCCGCGCCGCCAACGCGCUCCUGAGGCAGCGCCAGUACCGAGCCGCGCUCGCUGUCAUCAAAGGCUUCCGCAAUGGGGCCGUCUAUGGAGCAAAAAUCCGUGCCCCGCAUGCCUUGGUGAUGACUUUCCUGUUCAAGAGUGGAAGCUUAAAAGAAAAAUUGAAAUCGAUUGCUCAGGCUACGUACACUCAUUCCCGGAACCUGGCAUUUUUUGUGUUCACCUACAAGGGGCUGAUGGCAUUGCAGGCCCAACUACAGGGGAAAAAAAUUCCGUUUCAUUCUUUCCUUGCAGCCUGCAUUGGAGGCUGGCUAGUGUUCGGUGAGAACAAUCCCAUCAACAGCCAGAUCAUUAUGUACCUGCUGUCCCGUAUCCUGUUUGGCUUGUCUCGGCUGGCGGUGGAAAAGGGUUACGUCCCACAACCAAAACAGGAUCCCUUUCCACUUGUUGCUGCCCUGAUAUGGGGGACAGUUCUCUGGCUCUUUGAAUACCACCGGGAAACUCUGCAGCCUUCUCUGCAGUCCUCCAUGACCUACCUGUACGAUGACAGUAACGUAUGGCAUGAUGUUUCCGACUUUCUCAUUUACAACAAGAGGACAGACAACAAGUAGGUGGUUCAUUGUAAAACACCUUUGAAUGGGAUGGUACCUUCCAGCAGCUGAGGGAAAAGGUUCUUCUGUGGCUCCUGACUGGUGAUUUUUAAAGUAACAUCUAGCGAGCACAGUUACUUCUUGUGUCCUCGCCAAAGUGUUCUGAUAAGUCUUCUCUUGGCUCUGUAUAGAGCAAGCAAAUACCCCACAGAAACUUCUUGCAGUCCUCGGUGAGAGGAUUCCUUGGGAAUGAGUUAAAAUAAGUCUUUUUUUAAGAGAGGCCUUAUUUUCCUUGCAAGUGUGUGGUUUUAUUUAUUAAAGGAAUUAAAUAUACUUACAAAAUGACAGCCUGACAGUAGGUGGGGAGCAUGUCUGAUCAUGUAAAAGUAUUGUAAGGGUUGUCUGAAUGCUCAUAAAGCAGAAGGGUUUUUCUGUGCUACUGUGUUCAUUGUGGUGUGAUGGGAGUGGGGACCUGCUGAGGUCUGAACGCAGGAGUGCAAUGCCUUUAUUCCUGUGGAUGACUGGAAACCUCAUUUAAACUAUUGCAAGGACAGUUGUGUGCUCCAUAAGAGAGUUUCUCUGCAGUUUCCCCUCAGGGAAACAAUGAAAUGCUUGAGAACAAGACUGGUAAGACUGAUGAAAGCCUGGUAAAUUGGGCUUGGAAGGAUUAUUUUUGCGUGGUUUCUUUGAUGCACUUGCGCUGAAUCUGUCCCUCUGCAGAGUGUGCUAAUUAAUACCCUGUAAUCAUUUUAAACUUGUUUGUAAACUUCUUAAAAGCUGCUUGAAGUAUAUACCAAAAACAGUUACGCAACUCGGACUCCUGUGGAAACAGGCUGAGGCACAUCACACGCCCUCGGAUAUCACGCUAGGUGCUUUAUACGUAGAAGCAAACAACACUUUUAGCGAGCACUUAUGUUUUGGUGGAAGAUAAGCACAUGGUUUUUUCUUAGCUCCAGAAUCCGCCCUCCGCAGCAGUGGCAUGUGUUUGCUGUAAUCAAACUUGAAGGUAUGUGUAGUUUUUGCUGAGCCAUGUUGAGACCACGAGUGAAUGUAUGAGUGAAUCUUCCUCUUAAAAACACACUGCUGAGCCCCAGGAACAGCGCAGCAUUCACUGGGCUUUAACAGGAGAUAGACUGGAGAGUUGAGAAAGAACAAAACCGGCUUUAAAAUAGAUAAAAUCAAACUGUUAAUAGUACAAAGCACUUAUACUGCUGUCUAACACUACACCAUUCAAUUAAUGAUGUAUAUUAAAAUAAUUCCUGAAAUACA